AUGGGACACGACGCCGGUAACUACGGCAACUAUGGCAGCUACGGGAACAGCAAUCAAGCAGGUUUCGCUGCGUUCUCCCUUUCUUCUCCCCUUUUCCCCAUGACCCUCACAUUCCAACCAUCGCAAUUCGAUCCGAACACCAUGAUUGUCCAACGCAUGGUCAACGGGGCCACCAUUCCAUCCUACUCCAUCACCAAAUCCAAAAAUACCCUAACAUUCUCUCGCAUCGACGCCGGCAACACCAUGAUCCAACCCCCAUCCAUCGGCUCCGCGACAAUCCACUCGCUCAGUUCAAACGUCGACAUCUCUCUCUUCGGUCACCAUAUCAGCAUGAAAUGUUCCCAGCUCUCUGGCAACUACACUCUCACCUGCCCGCCCAUGAGGAAGUUGAAAUGGGAAAAUAGCAUGAGUGGCUCCACGCUGAAACUCAUCGACACCUCCUCUGGCUCUCAACUAGUAAAACUUAAAAAGGACACAUUACAGGUUUUUGUGCCCUGUGAUGAUUUUCUGCUGGAUUUGAUUGUGAUUUCGGGAACGGUGGCCGGACAAGAGCAGAAGAAAAUAAACAAUGCUGCGGCGAAUGCGGCGGGUGAUGUCAUCUCGGCAGUUGUAGGAGUAUAA